AUGUUAAGUGAGCCGAAGUCUUGUUGUGCGAGUUGUUAUUAUUCCUUUCAGAAUUACGUUCAAGAUGUUGUCGAACAGUUCGAGGAGUUGAUAACAAUAGCAGAGGAAGAGGAUAAUGAUCUCCUCAAAGAUUACAUUUUGCGUAUGAAAGAAGUUCGCGACUUAUCAGAAACAAAUACCCCGUUUUUGGAGUCAAUUGUUUCUCUCUACACCAAACAGUUCAAAACAGAGGAAGACGUUGAAAAGUCAUUAGAGCAUAGUUGUUGCACAUUGAAUAAGCAUAACAUGUCACGUAUUUCUGAUGUCAUCCAACAAACAGUUCGAGAGUGGUCAGGUGAAGGGAGUUAUGUGCGAGAUUCAUGUUUUAGGGUUUUGCUUGAUGAGAUAGGGACAAAAAAAAGAGUAUUAGUACCGGGGUGUGGGUUAGCACGACUUCCUUAUGAACUCGUGAAGAAUGGAAACGAGUGUUAUGCAUGUGAGUGCAAUCACUAUAUGAUACUUACACUCAAUGCGUUAAUUCAAGCCAAGAAGGAGGCAUUUACGAUAUGCCCUUAUCUCGUGUUCACCUCGGACUUGGUCAGCUCUGAUUUUCAAAGGCUGAAAUUGAAAAUCCCAGACGUAGCGCCGAACGAGUUUCUUUCUCAAGUCAAAUUUUCUGAAGAGGAUUUUGUCACAUAUACCGAGAAGUCUCAAGUCACAUUUGAUGUUGUGUGCACUUGUUACUUUAUGGACACUGCUUUUGAUGCGGUCGAGUAUAUAACAAGUAUAUUUAAAGUGUUAAAGAGUGGCGGGCAAUGGGUGAACUUAGGGCCACUCCAUUGGGUGAACAAUUGUAUCUCUUCUUUCCAUUUUACACUUGAAGAAAUAAUUCAGAUUGCAAAGAGAGUCGGAUUUACUCUCGUCAAAAACUCAGAAAUGAAAAGCACAACAUAUAUACCUCAGCGCGAUUGUACCACCCCUGUGACUUACCUCCCAAGACUCUUUAUAAUGAGCAAACCGUAG